AUGGACUCAGGCGGGGUACGCCGAUCAACCUCCCGUCCGCGUCCUUCAUCCCGACCUACAACCCCGCUUCGGCCUGGUUCACGGACAUCGAUUCGAGAUUCCUACGCUUUCGGAGGAAGUUUGAAUCAGGAUGGUGUCUUCCAACCAGCCGUCAAUGCGCUGGAACCCCAGUUUGCGGAGUUAGCGGAUUCAAUGGCAGAUCUCGAAGCCAAUUUUAUGCAUCUCCAGCUAAUGCAUGAGAGCUUGUCGCGGUUUAAUGAGAGCUUCGCUAGCUUCUUAUAUGGAUUAAAUAUGAACGCUUUUUGUGUUGACUUCCCCGAGGCGCCCAUUCCAGAUUCCUUCAAGAGAGCGAAGCAAGCAGAAGGACUUCUGAUACCUCCUUUGUCGAUAAUCCUCCUGUAUCAGCCAAAUCGAGCUCAAAAAGCACAGUUCCCGCUUCCUCAACUCGCGAUUCUAGACAAUCCAGCCGUGCUUCAGUCGGAGGCCGCUAUUCGACUCGAGGGUCCACGCGCGGUCGUACCAGCGGGCUUGCAAGACCCAGAGCUCGUGGAAUUCGGUAGCUGA